ACUCGCUCCUCAGUCCCGACACUGCACUCCUCUCCAUCCACUCCGACGUCACCUGCAUUACCUCCCGCUACUAAUUAGGUGCAUUGCAUUUCCUGAAGGGCGACACGGGCGCCUGCAGUACUCCUUCCUCGAAAUAGCGCCGCCAUCACUCCCGAGGCAAGUGCUACCAACGCCGCAAGAUGCUUCAUGGACAAAACCUGCCAUGGCGCGUCGCCCUUCGCCAUGUAUCGCGAUCAGCAACCCGGAUCCCCGUAAUCCGAGUGCCAACUUCCUUCCUUCCGUCGCAAUGUUCAGCGUCCAACUUAUCAGUAUACUCUCGGCGAUACCCUUCACCGCCCGCCGCGCUCUUUGCCUCCCGCAAUUUCUCCACCUCAUUAAGCAGACAGAAAGAGAAGAACCCAAAAUCAUCCCCAGAUCCACAAGAAGAAGUCAAGGAAGAGAGCGAUGAGGAACGAUCCGAGCGACCCGAGACUCAAGAAGAGGCAGAGGACCUCGACGCCAAAUCGAAGACACCUGACCCGAUACCUUCCUCAAAGUCAGGUGAAGCGCGGGGUAGCGCAGGAGCAGAUGGGGCUUCAGGAUCUGGGGUUGAGGUAUCGAGCAAGAAACGGAAACCAGAACGCUCACUUGUAAAACCGCUAAUUCCAGAAGUGUACCCGCAGGUCAUGGCUAUCCCAAUCGGUAAGCGGCCACUUUUUCCGGGCUUCUACAAAGCUAUCACGAUACGCAAUAAGGAGGUCGGACAGGCAAUUGCGGACAUGGUGAAACGAGGACAGCCAUACAUCGGUGCCUUCUUACUUAAGGACGAUGAUGCAGAUAAGGAUGUCAUUGAUAACCCGAACGAAGUCUACGAUGUAGGUACGUUUUGUCAGGUCACCAGUGCGUUUCCUGUAGGGCUCGAUGGUGAUUUUGCCAUGACAUGCGUUUUGUACCCUCACCGCAGGAUCAAGAUGACCGGUCUCAAGCCUCCGACUCCAGACAAACCCGAGGAAACUCAAAAGGUGGAUGAAUUAUUGGUAUCUGAGAUCGCAGAGGGGGAGUCAGCUAAACAAGAGUUAGAAGGACAAGAGUCAAAGGGCGACGUUGUGGCUAGCUUCGAGGAGAGCAGUGCGGAUGCCCACAAGCCACCGCAUUAUUACGAUGCCACCUCCUUCCUCAGAGACCGCAAAGUCAGCAUCGCGGACGUCGAGAACAUGGUUGAAGAACCAUUCGACAUGAAGAAUAACAAAGUUAUCCCUGCCCUCGUCAGCGAGAUCGUCAACACCUUCAAAGCUGUCGCUCUCCUCAACCCGCUCUUCCGCGAUCACAUCUCCACAUUCUCAGUACAAACCACGAUGAACGUCGGGGAGGAUCCGGUCAGGUUAGCUGACUUCGCUGCUGCGGUUGCGCAGGCGGACUCCCAUGAGCUGCAGGAAGCACUCGAGGCAAUGAAUAUAGAGACGCGGCUAAGCAAGGCCCUACUUGUCCUUAAGAAAGAACUUAUGAACGCGGAGCUCCAGUCGAAAAUUGUUAAGGAUGUCGAAACUAAGAUACACAAGAAGCAACGCGAAUACUGGUUAAUGGAGCAGAUGAAGGGCAUCAAGCGCGAACUUGGUAUUGAAUCCGACGGCAAGGAUAAGCUCAUCGAAAAGUUUAACGACAAAGCGAGCAAGCUUGCUAUGCCGGAGGCAGUGAAGAAAGUCUUUGAAGAAGAGAUGAGCAAGCUCGCACACCUCGAGCCGGCCGCAUCGGAAUUCAAUGUCACGCGUAAUUACCUCGAUUGGCUCACGCAGCUUCCUUGGGGGCAGCAGAGCGCGGAGAAUUUCGGUAUUCAACACGCACGGGAAGUUCUCGACGAAGAUCACUACGGCCUUAAGGACGUCAAAGACCGCAUCUUGGAAUUCAUCGCUGUCGGCAAACUCCGCGGAACGGUCGAAGGCAAGAUCCUCUGCAUGGUCGGACCCCCUGGUGUAGGUAAGACUUCUAUCGGGAAGUCAGUCGCUCGAGCUUUGAACCGACAAUACUACCGCUUCAGUGUCGGUGGUCUGUCCGAUGUUGCUGAGAUCAAGGGUCAUCGGAGGACGUAUGUCGGCGCUCUUCCCGGUCGCAUUAUUCAGGCUCUCAAGAAAUGCCAAACCGAAAACCCGCUCAUCUUGAUUGAUGAAGUGGAUAAGAUAGGUCGAGGCCAUAACGGUGAUCCCUCUUCGGCGUUACUCGAGCUACUUGACCCAGAGCAAAAUAACAGCUUCUUGGAUCACUACAUGGAUGUCCCGGUCGAUCUCUCCAAAGUCCUCUUCGUCUGUACAGCGAAUAUGACCGACACUAUCCCGCGCCCCCUGCUCGAUAGAAUGGAGAUGAUCGAGCUCUCCGGCUACGUCGCCGAUGAGAAGAUGGCGAUUGCAGAACGCUACCUCGGUCCCGCCGCCAAGGAGAUUAGCGGUUUAAAGGACGUCGAUGUUACGCUUGAAAAAGAGGCCAUAAUCGAACUCAUCAACAAGUACUGCCGCGAAUCCGGUGUCCGAAAUCUGAAGAAACAGAUCGAAAAAGUCUACCGCAAAUCCGCCCUCAAAAUCGUGACUGAGCUCGGCGAAGAGGCCCUAUCUGAAUCGCAAGCCCUGACUGACGAAGGCAAAGCCGCGCAACAAGAAUCCGAAAAAGAUGACACCGAUGUCAGAGAAACCCCCGAGAACAUCGAAAAGGAGACCACGAAAAUCCCGCGCGUCGCCCUCAAAGUCCCAGACUCGGUUCACGUCUCCAUCAACAAGGACAAUCUAAAAGACUACGUUGGCCCACCAAUCUUCACUUCCGACCGCCUCUACGACACGACCCCCCCCGGCGUCGCCAUGGGAUUGGCCUGGACCUCCAUGGGCGGUGCAGCACUGUAUGUCGAAUCUAUCCUCGAAAACGUGCUCUCGGCCACAUCAUCCCCAGGCCUCGAACGCACCGGCUCCCUCAAAUCCGUCAUGAAAGAAUCCGCAACCGUCGCGUACUCCUUCGCUAAAGGUCUCGUCGCGCGCGACUUCCCCAAGAACCGCUUCUUUGAGCAUGCGCGGAUACAUUUGCACUGUCCGGAGGGCGCAGUACCGAAGGAUGGACCAAGCGCCGGCAUCACAAUGGCGACGAGCAUGUUGUCGUUGGCGCUGGGCCGCAAACUCGAGCCUACGAUUGCCAUGACGGGCGAGUUGACGGUCACAGGCAAGGUGCUGAGGAUUGGGGGAUUGAGAGAGAAGACCGUAGCGGCGAGACGGGCGGGCGCGAAGAUGGUUAUUUUUCCCCAGGAUAAUAUGAGUGAUUGGCUGGAGUUGCCGGAGAACAUCAAGGAAGGCAUCCAAGGGAAACCCGUGUCCUGGUACGCCGAGGUCUUCGACCUCGUCUUUCCGGACCUAGAUCGCGAUACCGCGAAUAAGGUUUGGGAGAAGGAGCUUAAAUCGAAGAAGGCGGAGAAGAAGACAAAAAAGGAGAAGGUCAAGGAGGAAAAGGAGGAGGAAGAGGAGAGCGGGGAUGAGGAUUGAGAAGGGAGGGAAAGGGAAUGAGGGAAUGGUUAGAGUUGGGAGAAGAAAGUAGGGAGUGUGAAUAGAUCUGUACAUUAUUGCAUUGUAUAGUGCAUUUCCUGGAGUACAGGCGGGCCUACGGGUCUGAAUGCAUAUAGUCCUAAGGGGCUUCAUGGUCGUAGUUGGGAUCUCUUCUCUGAUAGAAUACGAAUAGAC